CUGAAAGAAGGGCUCCGCGGGGCUCCGAAGCGGGAGGCCUGACUGAGACCCGCGGCUAUGGCUCGGACAAGUCCCAGCGGUUGCGCCUCCGAAAGGAAUGGCGCGUAACCCGGGAGAGCGCGAGGCUCUUGUGCGCAGCAUUCAAAUGAGUUGGACCAGGCCGAGAAGGAGCUGCAAGCAGCCCCCAGAGCCUGGAGAUGGCACCAAAGACCAAGAAGGGAUUGAAAGGCUCCAUUGCUGAUGUCCUUGGUGACCUCCUGGGGGACGAGAUGACACCACCUGAGAAGCCUGCUAAGCUCGCCUCACAUGCCAGAGAUAACGCAGGUGGAGCCCAGAUGCUCCCUUCUGCAAGGACUAGAGCCAAGUCCCUCCUGGACAACGAUGCCUACGGCGCCAUCGCAGACCUGGCGGGAGCUGAUGCCGAGGUUUCGGACGUCUCAGAGGCAGAUCCUCAGGCUUUGCUGCAGGCCAUGAAGGAUCUGGAUGACAUGGAUGCCGAUGUGUUAGGUCUGAAGAAGACUCAUCUAGCCCCUAGCAAGAGUGCUGCAAAGGGUUCUGGGAAAGAAGAGCUGCCUAGCAACCCCAAACCUGCUGCUAUGUUAACAGCCAGUGAGAAAGGGGUUACCAUUCCCACCAUGAAACCAUCUCCGCCUCCCAGCAGCUCUGGGCAUCAGUCCAAGAAGUUUUCUUUUGAAGGCUUGGAAGACCCAUUGGCAGGACUCCUCUCUGAUGAUGAGGAAGGAAUCGCCAGGAAGCCUCCUGUGACAGAGAGUAAAGCAGCUUCUGAGAAGGGCCCGGCCCCAGCCAGAGAUCAAGGUCCCUCCAUUCCUGUAACUCCUGGGGACACCCCCAUCCGAAAGAAAGAAGAAUUGCUCUUUGACGACGAGGACGACCUCAUGGCCACCCUGGGGUUUGGAGACAGCCCCAAAGCAGAGAGGAGGCAGACGGGAGACCCGGAAGGGCCCCGCCCCGCUCGCUCCAAGCUGGAUGAGCUGCUGGGUCGAGGCACUGCCUCCAAGCACCUGGCUCGUCCAGACACCGGGGAGCACCGGGAGUUCAAGCUGGAUGGGAGGUACCAGAGGCCACAGGACAAAGAAGAUACCUGGGGCAAUGAGGACUUCAUCUUUGGGGCCUAUCAGCCCACCGUGGGCUCCUCCGAGGGCCGGCAGUCCCGCCGGCAGUCGGUCAGGUUCUUAGCAGAAGGUGGCACAGACCUGAAGGGAGAACCAAGCUCCUUGCAGAGCACCCCAGUGACAACCAGCCCCCCCCACUCCCGGAAGGGAGGAGCUGACUGGUUGGGCCUCAAGGACGAAGACGAGGACCUGCUCCCUCCCUCUCCCACCAGAGAACCGCGGAGGGCAGGCCCUGCGCCCGCCACGCCCUUUGUGCCGGGUCCCGAGAGCCAGCGUGCUGCUCUAGGCCAGCACUCGGCCCCAGCGGGGCUGCCCUCCCCCUCCUUGGGGGCAAAACCGCCGCCCAAGGGCGCAGAUUCCCCUGCCAAAGCCAGCCAACCUUCCCAGCCGGGACUGCUGGAGGAAAAAGAGGAGGAGGACUGGCUGAGCCACGCCUUGUCUCUGAAGAAGUCCCGAGGUCUGGCCAGGGAAGAGUACACUGUGGCCCCGAAGGGCCAGAACAGGGUGGGGACGGCUAGCCGACCCCCUUCUGGCAGGUCCCCCGUAUCAUGGAACCCGGCCACCAUGGCCCUCUGUGAAGGUGACUCCAAGAAGGACACAGCCCCCAGAGACCUCUCCGGCACUGAGCCUGCGGUGCGUUUCCCGAGCUCCCAGGAACCAACGGGGCCUUCUGUGCCUGUCCAGUCCCUCCUCCCAGAGUCCCUGGCACAGAGCCUGCUGCCCGGCACGGAACAUCAGAAGCGGCUCCUGGCAGCUCAGGUGCAGCUUCAGAGUGGCACGGCCGAGCUCCAGGCCGAGCUGCUGCAGAGUCAGGCCCGGCUGGCAGAGCUGGAGGCCCAGGUGCGGAAGCUGGAGCUGGAGCGGACCCAGCACAAGCUGCUGCUGGAGAGUUUGCAGCAGCGACACCAGGCUGACCUGGAGCUCAUCGAGAAUGCUCACAGAAGCCGUGUCAAGGUGCUAGAAACAUCGUACCAGCAACGGGAAGAGCGGCUGCGGAGAGAGAAUGAGGAGCUGUCUGCCCACUACCUGUCUCACUGCCAGGAAGCCGAGAGGGCCCGAGCUGAGCUCACGGCCCAGCACCAACGGCGCCUGGCAGCGGCCGCGCAGGAGAAGGACCAGGAGAUGGAGCGGCUCCGGGAGCUGCAGCGGGCCUCCAUCCUGGAGAUGCGCAAGGACCACGAGGAGCAACUGCAGCGACUGAAGCUGAUAAAGGACCGAGAGAUCGACGCUGUCACCAGUGCCACCUCCCACACAAGGUCCCUGAACGGCGUCAUCGAGCAGAUGGAGAAAUUCUCCAGCAGCCUCAACGAGCUGUCCUCCCGUGUGGAGGCCUCACACCUCACGGCCGCCCAGGAGCGGGAGCUGGGCAUCCGGCAGCGGGACGAGCAGCUCCGAGCGUUGCAGGAGAGGCUAGGCCACCAGCAGCGGGACAUGGAGGAGGAGCGGAGCCGGCUCCAGGAGGUCAUCGCGAAGAUGGAGGCCCGCCUGAACGAGCAGAGCCGGCUGCUGGAGCAGGAACGCUGGCGAGUGAGUGCCGAGCAGUCCAAGGCGGAGUCCACGCAGCGCACCCUGGAGGAGCAGAGGAGGGUCAUGGCCCAGCAGAUGGCCGUGGAGCGGGAGGAGCUGGAGAGGGCCAAGAGCGCCUUGCUGGAGGAGCAGAAGUCCGUCAUGCGCAAGUGUGGGGAGGAGCGGCGGCGCCUGGCCGCCGAGUGGGCCGAGUUCUUCGAGCAGCAGAAGCUGAGUAAGGAGAGGGCCCAGCGAGAGGCGGAGCGGGCCAUGCAGGUGGACACCCAGCGGGAGGGCACCCUCGUCAGCCUGGUCAAGGAGCAGGCAGAGCUGAAGAUCAGGGCAAGCGAGCUCCGGGCCAAGGAGGACCAGCUGGCAGCCGAGAGGGAGGCUCUGGAGCGGGAGCGGCAGGAGCUGCGGCUGGAGAAGGAGAGGGUCAGCGCCGCCGCCCUGCGCAUCAGGCUCCGCUCCGAGGAGGUGGAGAGGAUGAGCCAGGUGGCCUCAGAAAAGUACGAGGAGGGGGAGCGGGCAUUGCGUGAGGCCCGGCAGGUGCAGUCAGAGCAGCAGGCCCGGCUGCAGCUGGUACGGCGGCAGCAGGAAUGGCUGCAGCAGCAGGAGCAGCACGUGCACCAGGAGCAUCUGAGUCUGGCCCAGCAGAGGCUGCAGCUGGAUCGUGUCCGACAGGACCUGCCCUCCGGCCUGGGGGGGCUGUUCUCCAGGGGCCAGGGCCUGGCGGCCUCCGGCCCAAGCGCCUUUUCAGCCGUGGCCCCAGCUCCCAGCGAUCCUCAGGGCAGCCAGCCGCCCGCCAGCCUGGGCCCCUCGCUCCUCCACGCCAAGCUGGUGCUGCUGAAACACACAGCCGAGAAGGACCGAGACUUCUUGGAGAAUGAGCGGUUCUUCCUGGAGACGCUGAAGAAAGCCUCCUACAACAUGAUCUCCCAUUCAGCCUGAAGGGCCCCCGCCUCCUCAACAGAGAACUCAGACCCUGACACUGUCCCCACAGCCGCACUGGCCGCCAGCUUCAGCGAGGGCCUGAGAACAGCCCUGCCUGUGGACAGACACCCGGGCCAUCUUUCCAGGUGCACCACCUGGUGGCUGAGGCGGGCAGGUGCCACCAUGCCUCCCAGGGUUCGAGGUGCAACGGCCCCAGAGGGGAGACAAUGCGGAGAGCAUCUCAGCCCCGAGACACAGUCAGCUUCGGCUGUGGUUCUCUUGUCCCACGAUGUCCAGCUCAGACCCCAGGACCUGACUGGGCUCUGUGGCCCUCCCCUCCUCUACAGGCAGGUGGUUUGGGGGUCUUGUCACCUGGGCCUCUUCUGAGGCAGGGGUCUUCUCGAGGGAUGCCGCAAGCAGCCUCCUGCCCUCCCCGCCCAAGAGGCCGGCAGAGGCUGCACCGUGCCCCUCCCUAAUGGGGAGGGACGUCAAGUCGGACCACACGUUUUGAAGGGCCUUCUACCCUCCUGGUCAGGGACAGAGGCUGCUAGGGCAGGGGGUGCUGUGUCCAGCCAGAGUUUACCUCCCAGCCUGGAGCGCUCUCAGGACUCAGCUGGCCCUUCAUGCUCUCGGGCGGGCUCACGCCAAGUCCCUGCCUUGUUCCCAGC